CAGCCCAUUGCCUAUCGGUGAAACUUGCACCAAAAAACACUUGCAGUGGCGCCCUAAAACUUCUGUGUGUUUCGCUCCGCUCCUUCUCAAUAAACCUCCGUAGUGUUGUACACGGAGAGAGCAAGAGAGAGAGAGAAAGAUGGACUUGCAGAAGGACCAGAAGAAGCAGAGGAAGAAGAAGCAAAAGAAUAAGAAGCUGCGGGAGAGCAGUCCCGAGCUGCCCGGAAAGGAUGAAAUUUUGGAUACGAAAGUGUAUAUGGAAAAGAAAGAGUCUACCGAAAAGAAGAAGAGAAGAAGGGAGAAGGGAAGUUCUGUUGACAUUGGCAAAGCUGUUUGGAGCAAUAUUGAAGAUGAUGGAGUGGCAAAUGGAAGCCAUUUCCAAUCUGAAGAAAAUAUUAAAAGUUCAGGAGGGCUCAGGGAGGCUGAUGUUGAAACAGAGAUCCAAACUCGCAAGUCCAAGAAAACUAAGAGAAAGAAUAAGCAGGAUCAUGAUUCGCCAAAAAAGGGUAAGAAGUCACUGAAGAAGGGAGAAGCUUAUCAGGAUGAGGUAUAUCGUCUCUCUCCUGGGGAUGAGGGCUGCUCCAAAGGGAUGGCAUGUAAUUCGAAGAAAGCUAGAAUGAAGAGAAAGAAGGAUCAAAAUUCAUCCAAGGAAGCUGAGAAGUCACAGGAAAGGAGAGGAGAAGCUGAUCAUGAUGAUGUUUAUCAAAUCUCUUCUGUGGAUGAGGACUGCUCAAAAGGAAUGCAAAAAUGGAUUAUGGAAUACCACCAAAGUAGACUAGGGUUGAAGGUCUUGCAGCAAAAGAUUGAUGACUCUAUAACUGCUCAUGAGGCACAACUAGAACAGGGAAGGAAAGAAAGAGAGGCCCAAGCUGCUGAAGGGGGUUGGACUGUUGUUGCACAUCAUAAAGGAAGGAAAAGGACAACGGAAGCUGAAAGUGGAACUACUAUGGGCUCUGUAGCCCAGGCUGUUGUGGAGGACAAGAUGACCAACAAGAAGCGUAAAGAAGUUGGCUUAGAUUUCUACCGCUUUCAAAGAAGAGAAGCCCAGAGGAACGAGGUGAUGAUGUUGCAAAGCAAGUUUGAGCAGGAUAAAAAGCGGAUGCUGCAACUGCGAGCUGCUAGGAAGUUUCGACCGUACUGAACACUGCACAGUAGAAAGCAAGGCCAGCAGCUGAAGCAUCAAAAAGAUUUUAGCCUGAUAAUUGUUGCAUCAAAAUUUUGCUCGAAGAAUAACAUCCGCCAAAGAAACAAGUGGGUUGAUCUAGCGAGACAUACCAUUUUCAUAGUCAAAAUGGUGGCGCUGGCCUUCCCAGGAAACUUACAUAUCAAUCGUAUAACUAGUUGUUGUGCUUUAUCACAUCAUUGACAUUAUGAACAACCCAUUAUUCUAAUUUUGGAGGAAACUUCCCCCUUCCCCUUCCAAGCAUCUUUUUAUAUUAAGGCUAAGGCCUCACCAUCCGAGAGUUUUCCAAUC